AGAAGGGGAUCUUCUCGAAGGAUUUUUGCUAGAGAGGAGAGUUCGAGAAAGGGGAGGGAUAUGCCUCGAUGCGAGAAGGGAUGCUGGUGGACCAAUAGGAGCGAAAUCGAAGGCUCUGGACCGGGGUUGAUGUGAGAAGAGAGGGUAUGAAAGGGGCGUAGGCCUUAGAACCGCUUAAAUAGAACGGGCGGAGGAAGCCGAGCAGCAUUCGUCUGAGCCGACUCUCCAUUUCCUAGUGUAUCGUGACCUGUGAUCAGUUUAAUUGAAGUUCGCCAUGAAUAGACCGUUUUCGAGGGAUGAUAACGAACCAGUUCACCAAGUUGCGAUAGUUCCGGUCGACUUUCCGGACCGGGUCUUCUCGCAUGCUGAAGCCGAGGAGUUCGGUGAUGCGUUAAACGAAUGUGUUGUUAAUUAUACGGAGGCAAGGAAGAGGAAAUCGCUUGGGUUCGUCCGACCGAGUUUUCUAUCAUUUUUCCGGAAAAACGGGGGUUUUCUGAUGUCAUGCGAAGACGAGGUCACGGUGAAGUGGCUCAAAGUCGCUAUCAAGUUUGUCAAAUUAACGAGCGGAUGCAAACUAAAGGUGGACGACACGGUGGUGCUGGACAAUCGUUUCUUGGUGGAGGGACGAGGCUCACACUCGAGGUUCACGGGGGCGAAUAUCAUAAGGAAUCUACAAAGGUUCAACAACGAUCUGGAUGUUUCAAGGUGGAGGCUGGUACGGGAGAAACACACUAGGUCUGGGCUAAUAAUUACACUAGAAAUGGAGGGUCGGUCAGUAGGAAUGAUUAGAAGGAAAAGGAAUCGGUUAUCUUUGGAUCAAGCCGGGGUUCAUCGAUUCACCAUUUUGACGGUGGUGCCGGCGAGUAACGUAAGGCCUCCGAGGGAGCCAGUAGAGAUUGAAGUGACGGAAGAUGACUUCGAUGCGAACCAGUUGGAUCCGGUUGAGGUUCUGGCCGACGAGGCGGGUGCGAUGGUCCGAUUGAAUGAUUCAGCCAACAUCGAGGAAGUCCUGACGCAGAAAGGGGCGAAUUGCUCGUUCGAUGCGGCAGGGGAUGAAUUCAUUCUCUCCGCGGAUCUGCAAUGCUUUGAUGGAAUGGAGGUCGAGGUGCCGAAUGAAUCGGUUGUGAAUACGAAUGUUGGGCCACCGUCAAGGAAUAUGUCGACGCCGGUCAGAUCAGCUGUCACGAUGGAGGAAGGAUUCUCGCAUGGGAAGGAGAAGGUCAAGGGAAAGCAGGACUUAAAGGAAACGUCUGUGGAUAAGUCGGUGACCAGAGAAGGAAGCGCGGAUUCGACGGAGUCGGUGUUAAGAAUUUCUCUGCCUCUGGAGGAGCCGACGGAACCGGUACCGCCGCCGAUCAGAAUGUAUGCAAAAAAGGAAGGAGGAAGGAAUAGCCACGGAAGUGGACAUAAUAAGUCGAAGGGAGACAGGAGUUCCAAACGAUAGAAUCGUAUCGAUUCCUCUUAUACGCUAAGGAUAUGGACCAACGGGGUUGGAGUACUUUGUCAUAACGGAGAGACAAGAUUAUUAGCUGAAAGGUUGAGGACUGGAUCAAGGUUAUCGACCCCGAAGGACCGGAGAACAAUUUAUUUUGUAGUUUUAAUUAUUAUUUAUGUUUAACUGUUAGUUUAUUUGGGUGUAGAAGUCUUUUUGAUAGUCACUUUUUAUUUUUUCUGUUACUUCUGCCUAAUAGAUAUUUGCGGUGUAUAUUUACUUUGAUUGGUAAUGGUUUUUCUGUUCCGUACUAUGUCUGGCGCGAAAUUAAGCAGCGAUUUACGCCGAUAUUAGCUAAAGAUAUAGUGCUAUGAUAUUUAAAAGAAACUAAGGACAGAGAGGGAAUAUAUAUAUUUAUCUUCCGUCUUUGACGUUGGAAGGGAGUAAAUGUAAAAGGUUUAAUUUUCUUUUAUUUGUUUUAUUAUUUUUCUUACUGAUGAUGCGUUGAAAUGCGCUGAAUGUAGAGUAUUCAUGUUAGUGUGCUAGAGUUUGACCAUUGUAUGAUUUUUGUUAUCAGUAGAUUUAAUGAUAUAGGCAGAUUUAUAUAUUUUCAUUUUUUGUUUUCGUGUCAAUCCAGAAGCUAUUUGUUUAAGUUGAUUUAAAUCUUUGGUAACGCCGUGGCGUGAGUUCAAAGGAAUAGGUUGACUAGAGGUGAUAGGGUUGCAUGGUUACUGGUCGAUGAUGGCUAUUUAAAUGUUGUGAUGUUUUAAUUGUGUUACUUGAUGUAAUAGUAUUUUAUAAAAAUUUUCUUAUAUACCUGGUUUCUUUGUGCAAGGGAAUUGUCGAGUCCUGUGGGAGUAAUGACAGUACAAAUAUUUUUAUACACAUGGUUUGUCAAUAUAUAAGAAAUUUUAUAUACAAUCUAUUGUUUGUCCUUCCUUUCCUGUGUGGUUUAUAAUUGUAUGGUGGGGAUAUGUUAUAAAGAUAUUUCUCUCUUUUUCUUUAUUUCUUAGUUUCAAUGUAAAGUAGAGUAAUUGGCUAUAGAUAAUAUGAAUAAGGUUGGUUGGGGUUAUGAUCUUAGUUAAUUGUAUCGUUUGAGGAGGUUGGUGUGAUUACCCUCUUUUUGGUGGGAUACUUUAAGUUGAAUUACCCGCGAUG